UGAUCUCAAUGGCCAACAAAGCUGCUGGGGGCUGAAUCACCUCCAUUUCCACCUAGCUGACUGGCACCUCCAUUCAUUGACGUUUCCAAACGCAUCCCUCCCGCUUGAUUCACUAUGGCAUAGCGCCGUUGCGCCCUUUUUGGCACGCAUUUGACUAGAAUCCCCGCUCUCAUUCCGGCCUCGACCUUUUUUGCCCGGACAAAGACGACAGCCCUGACAGAAGCAGAAACCCAGAGGCAAUUCGCUUUCCUCUCACAUCCGAGUCAAGUCUCGUUUCCUGGCCACCGCCUCCUCACUCACCACACGCCGUCGACCACUGCGAAUCGCAGGCAGCACAAAGACACCAACCGUCGCAAUCCAGCCCAAGCAAUGGGCGAAGUCGAGCCGCCUCUCCGCGCGGCGACGCCGAAGCGCAAGCGAGAUUAUCCUUCCCUCGACGGGAGCCCGCGCCUAAUCUCGUGCAGGGGGACUCCCACCGCCGCCCCGUCCGCCCAUCCGAUCCUUCCUCCCGCUACUAUAGCCAAUUCACAUACAAGCUUCUCCUUCGAGGUCCCCGCGUACGAGGGCGACGAUGGCAGCAGCAGCCCUCGAACGAGGGUGGCGCGCAAGUUCCAGGGAUUGGCCCUCGACAGCGGGGGUGGCGCACCGGGCGCAAAGGCCCCUUUGUUGGCAGCCACAGCCGGGACGCCAACAGCAGCAGAAACGCAGCCGGCAACAGUACCUAGGACACACUACGCCGGGUCGCCGACCCCGCGUCGGGUCGCUACGGUGGCCAUGAUGCAUGACAGCGGGACGCACGGCGACGACGAGGAUGAUGGCGACGAUGACGACAAUGGUGACGGCUAUUUCUCGGCGCGCAAACGGUUCAAGGCUCCGCAGCAAGCCGAGAGCGACUCUCCUCCCUUGCAUAGCACGAGCGUGUUUGCGCCUGUCAGCAACACUUCAAUGGGCGAGUGGGCCGCCAGGCUCCAGGCUGCUGGGGCACUAGGUGACCCCGCCAAGAGCCACAGCGGCAGCGCCGCGGCGACGACUGCGGUGGGGAGCAGCGGUGGGACUUAUAACAAGACGCACCACCGCAACUACAAGACGGUCGGGUUGUCACCUCGGGCCGCGACACCGCCGCUGGUCGGCGCCAAGACUAUGGCGACGGGCGAGGCGCACGAGGCGGCCGGCGAGGACGACGGCUCGCCGUCCUCGUCCUCGCUGUCACCGUCGCCGUCGCACAAGGAGAUUGUGGAUCCGGUCCGUGCCGCACUGACAUGGCACGAGGACGAGAUCACGGUGUACGACCCGGACGACGAGGACGAUGACGGCACAGGCAUCAACGGUAUCGGCUUCAAGCCCACCCCCGCCAUUGCGUACGCGCGCACCCUUAGGCGCCGCCAGCAGCUGGCCGAGUACAGGAAGCGCGAGGAGCGCGAGGCCCGCGCCAGACGGAGCCUGCGUCGGAGGGCCAGUCCUGCAGUUUCUGGCAGCGGCGCAGGCCCGACGGAAGGGACGGGAGGUGCAGGGGUAGCCGGAGCUGGUGGCAGUGGCGGCGGCAGUGGCGUUGUCAAAUCUGCAGAGCAGCAGCGCCAAGCCGCCAGAAGGCAGCAGCUGGCGGCCAGGAGGGUGCGCUUCCUGGAUGUUGAGCCGGCCGCCGUGAUUACGACGUCAUGACACAGAUACAGAACGGCUGUUUUCUUUGUGGGAUCAUACUCCUGCCUUUCUUUUUUUUCUUUCCGUUUGGGUUUAGGAGGGCACCGGAAGCGUUUGGGCAACAGCACUCCCCCAAGUCUUAGUUGACACUGGCUUGUUUAUGACUGGGAGGCGCAUUUGCGGGAUAUCCAGGGGAGUUGGUACCAGGACUGUCACUCCCGAGUAUGAUUUGAUAUUUUUCUGAACCCAAAUUGCCCGUUCCCCACGCAGUUGGCCGCUUUCAUUAUAAGUGGGUUGAGACUCGAGUUUCUUUGCGGCACGUCGGGGUGCUCGGGCUGACGAUCGAGACGUGCGGUUGCAAAUUAUAUACUGAUGAUGGCAAUCAAUACCCAAAUAACCCUCUCAAUAUACAUGUAAAAGAUCAUGCGCCAAUGUUAAUGCUAGCCUUUUCCGUCUCC